GACGGAGCUCUCGCCCGAGCCUUUUUAUGUCUGUCAUCCGCUUCCUGUCAUCGUUGCUUCCACCCUCCUUUUAUAUUCUCAGCCGGAGUCACUUGAGGAACCCAGCAGCGAUUAAACAGCACAAGAUAAAGACAACCCAAGUCGGUGGAACUUCGAAAACCCAUCCGUAUUUACAAUGACAGCCCCAAGAGGACGUCUCCAUGGCAAGAAUGCCAUCGUUACCGGUGCUGCAGGUGGCAUCGGCCUUGAAACCAGCAUUUUAUUUGCCCGCGAAGGCGCCUCUGUCUUGAUGGCUGAUAUCUCCGAGCCGGCUUUGGAAAAGGCCAUCGCCAAAGUCAGGGUAGCGGUCCCCAACGCUCCUAGGUUAGAGACGGUGAAGUGUGACGUAUCCAAGGAGUCAGACGUCCAGGCCAUGGUUGACAGGCUAGACUCAUGGGGAGGGUUGGAUGUCAUUUUCAACAAUGCUGGUAUUAUGCAUGCUGACGAUGCCGACGCUGUCGAUACACCGGAGAAGAUCUGGGACCUCACACAUAACAUCAACGUGAAGGGUGUGUGGUAUGGAUGCAAGCAUGCCGUUCUCAGCCUGAGAAGGAAUAAAAAGACGAAAGGCAGCAUUAUCAACACUGCGAGUGUUGUUGCCUUAGUGGGAAGUGCAACUCCUCAGCUAGCGUAUACUGCAAGCAAAGGCGCUGUUUUGGCCAUGACGAGGGAGUUGGCUAUCGUCCAUGCCCGGGAGGGAUUCAGAUUCAAUGCGCUAUGCCCCGCACCUCUGAACACCCCUCUUCUCCAGGACUGGCUCGGAGAUGACGCACAUAAGCGUAUGAGACGGGAGAUCCAUUUCCCCACCGGUCGCUUCGGCGAAGCCGUUGAGCAGGCACAAGCCGUGCUGUUCCUUGCUAGUGACGAGAGCAGUUUCGUCAAUGGUUCCGAUUUUGUGGUCGAUGGUGGUAUGACGAAGGCCUAUGUGACACCAGAGGGACCCCCAACGGAAGCUCCAAAGAGCCUUGCCUCGUGACCGGCUUAAAGAUGUUUCGGGGAAAUGGAUAGCUAAUUAGAAUGGUCCGUUGCCGCGAAGCCCAGAAUGAAUACUGUGAUUGAGCGUAUUUAUUCUGUCCUCCUGGGAGUUUAAAUACUUCCGAGUUCUCUGUACGAGGUAACGUAGGAUUCGAUCAUAAUCAUCAGGGAACUUCUACUUGGCCUUAUGACGGAUCGAACGGAUGGGAUCGCUACUUGACCAAUCCGACGUAAGCCACUGUUACCUCUCGAAGACAUGUUGGUAACCUAUUCUCCAGAUGUAGGGCUACUUCUCUUAGCAUAUACAAACCUAGCAAUUCCCGCUGUCUACGUCGUUCA